CCAGUCAUUCCAGCCGCGGCGAACAAUCGGCUCUCAGUUAUUUAUUAGUGCGCCUCGCAGCUCCAGUGCGCUCAGUCUGCUGCUGCCCGUCGGCGCGAACGCACACAAACACACAGACACACGUACAUGGAGGAAACCAGCUCUGGAAACUCGUGGACAUUUUUUUUAAAAAAAAACAGCAUUGAACUGAGAUACUACAAGUCCGCUUUCAGCCUGAUGAGACUGUGAUAAUUUUUUGAUCUGUGAGUUGUGAAGUCUACACACUGCCGCAUCAAUAUUUUAUUUUUCACUGACUGAAAUGAGAACUGCUGAGGGCUCCUCUGGAACGGUGCUACACCGUCUCAUUCAAGAGCAGCUGCGCUACGGAAACCUGACGGACACCCGCACGCUUCUGGCGAUCCAGCAGCAGGCCCUGCGCGGAGGCAGCAGCGGAGGGGGCACGGGCAGUCCUCGCUCCUCGCUGGAGAGCCUGACCCAGGAGGAAACCCACUACAUCCAGAUGUCGACGCGGCAGGAGCCCCAGGGCCAGGAGCACCAGGGAGAGUGCCUGCACUCCGAGAGCCCCGUGUGCCACCUGUACCAGCUCCACGGAGAGGAGCUGCCGACCUAUGAAGAGGCCAAAGCCCACUCCCAGUACCUGAUCUCUCGCAAGGGUCAGGCGGAGCAGGACGGCCACAGCAUGGACAUAAUGGGAAGUCAAAACGAGGGACAGUGGGACCUGAAGAGAGAGCAUGCUCGCUCUCUGAGUGAGAGGCUCAUGCAGCUUUCUCUGGAGAGGAAUGGACACAGAGAAACUCUCGCCAUGAGCUCUUCGUACAGCUAUCCACAGCUGUAUCAUAAUAAUAAUUAUGCCACAAAUGCCAUGGCAUCGGAAAGACAAGGGCCCCAAAGGUGCGUGGACCAGCGCGGGCCACCUCCAGACUACCCUUUCUGUGCCAGGCUUCCUGAGUACAUGCUCAGCCACUCGCAGGAGCAUGUGCAGUACCACAGAGAGCCUCCUCCCCCCUUCUUCUCUCAGAACCACAGGUAUGUGUCUGCUCAGUCCCAGGUGGCUCACAACACAGCAGCCUCCGGCAAUAACUCAGCACAGAGUGACGUGUUGAUUCGGGAGAACGAGCGACUCAGGAAGGAGCUGGAAGUGUACGCAGAGAAGGCCGCCAGGCUGCAAAAGUUGGAGAUUGAGAUUCAGAGGAUAUCUGAGGCUUACGAGACCCUGAUGAAAGGUUCAGCCAAACGGGAAACCCUGGAGAAGACGAUGAGGAACAAGCUAGAGGCAGAGAUUAAGAGGCUGCACGACUUCAACAGGGACCUGAGAGAACAACUCGACACAGCCACCAAACACAGAGCGGCCAAGGAAGCCGAGUCCACAGACCAGAAGCAGCGUGUCUUUGUGAAGCUCCUGGAGCAAAAUGAGGAGCAGCAGCGGGAGCGGGAAUGUCUCGAGAGGCAGAUUCAACAUCUGCAAGCGUCUGGGGACGAAUGCCAGCGGAGACGGGAGCUGCUGGAGCAGGCUCUGGGCUCGGCUCAAACCCGCAACCGGCAGCUGGAGGAAGAGCUGCAGAGGAAGAGGGCCUACGUGAAGAAAGUGGAGAGGCUGCAGAGCGCACUGGCUCAGCUGCAGGCGGCCUGCGAGAAGAGGGAAACGCUGGAGCUGCGGCUGCGCAUUCGACUGGAGCAGGAACUAAAAAGUCUCAGGGCGCAGCAGACCCAGAACCAGACAGUUGACCCCUCGGCUUCAGAACUGAGCUCGUCCAUGUUGCUGAGGGAGAAAGAGGAGCGCAUUCUGGCCCUGGAGGCAGACAUCACCAAGUGGGAGCAAAAGUACCUGGAGGAGAGCACCAUGAGGCAGUUUGCAAUGGAUGCGGCCGCCACCGCUGCAGCACAGAGAGAUACAACCAUCAUCAACCAUUCGCCACGGCAUUCACCGAACAGCAGUUUUAAUGAGGACCUGCCUCUGUCGAAUCAAAGACAUCAGGAGAUGGAGAACAGGAUCCGUGCCCUUCAUGCUCAGCUCCUGGAGAAGGAUGCUGUGAUUAAAGUACUCCAGCAGCGCUCCAGAUUGGAGCAGGGCAAGUUGGAGAAACAGGGACUUCGUCCGGCCAGAUCUGUCCCGUCCAUCAACACAGUAACCAGCAGCAUGGACAGUAAAGCAAAGAGCCUCUCAGAUGACCAGACAGCUGCUGCUGUUCUGCAGCCCCAGACCUUCAUCGUGGCCAAGGCCCCGAGCCGAGACUGCAGCACCCAAAGUGACGAGGCCCCACGGGAGCCUGAGGUCACAGCAGAGCCCAGCAAGCUAAAGACGCCUGAGGUCACCUCAGCAGCUAUUGCUGACGUCUCUGAGGAUCCGGCGGCACGACUGAAGAGCAUCAACGGCUCAGACGCAGAGGCGGUCGAAAUCCUCAUCUGAGCUCUCAGUGCAGCUCAUGUGACGGCGACGGCCAGAGACACAGAAUCUAAUGACUGAGGCGUUAAAGGCCUUCCUUCGACGUGCAGGUGGACUCCAGAGUGUGGCACGGUGUGUUGAAGAGAGCUGAGCUUUCCUUCCACUGUUUCUGCACAAUUCACAGAUGGACAGUUGGAGUUCUUCGUGGUACCUGGACAGUAUUCUGCAUCAUGAUGUGAACUGGGCUGCUGACUGUGCAUAUUUUGUGCAUAUUUUUUUGUUUUUUAGUUAUGUUUUGUAUUUAUAUUUGUAAAUGCUGCUCAUAUUGUGAUGUGAGUUUCCUGUUUGAGUGGUGAGGAACAUUCGUCUUGGUGUGUUCUACUAUUUAAGGUAUAUACGAGUCACUCAAUUUCCUGCAUUAUCUAUGCGGCUAGUCUCUCUUUAGUUUGGUGUAUGUUGAAUCUUUCGGUAGCAUCACCUGUUUCCAUGCCCUCUAAAAGUAGUGAGAAUAUUUAUAAAUUUACAGUUUUCACGCGUCGCGUUAGAAGGUUGUUCGGUUUGACAUGACUACUCACACCUAAAUUAACAGUUGCUCCCCUCUUUACAUUCGGGGGCUCUGCUCACAGCUCAGCAGAGGAUUUGGAAACUUCCCCUGAAUGCAGAGGCUACAGAAUGCCUGCUCAUUUCUGUCUUAAAAAAGCCUGCGAGGAUUGACAGCGUUUCACUGGGGUCUAAUUUUCCAGAUCCCGGGUUAAUGUUUGGGGCCUCACAUGGCGGCCGGCCAGCAUUUCGCUCCGCUCCGAUGACAUGCUGGAGCUAAUCUUCUCACAUUCCUCACUGGGGGAAUGCUCCCGUUAAAGAAAAAGGCUAUCUAAAGUCUGACCCCUCGCCCUUGUUAAAAUGGCACUCAUUCUCCACAUGAUUCCUUUUCUGGGACUGGUUAUUUCUUCUGAGCACUGGUGGCUGGUUCCGCCACGAGCACGGAAACGGUCAACUAUUAUUGGCCCGCAUUUGCCGCUCCACUCGUCGUCCCCAUUACUGCGUUAUAUUCGGCCGUUUUCUCCAUUGCUCAAGUAUCUCACAUUUCUCGGCUGACUAUAUGCUUAACCAUGGAAUUUUCUAUUUAUUACUCCCUGCGUAAUGCAGGAUCACUGAACACUGCUGAAUGUAGACUCCCGUUUUCAAGGAAUGUGUUUUGUAUUUAACUGGAAUGUCCCGACAAUUCUGAUUUAUUCUGCCCUUUAGGCGGCAAAUCAGGGGGUUUCUGAUGAUGCUAACAUGCUGUCUUCCAGUUUCGAAAUAUUAGCACUGUUGUUGACAACGCUGUCAGCGGCGGUAUUCUGUAGAAACGGCGUGUGACACCUUACAUGUAAGUGAUAUUACCCCUCAAGCUUGUUCAUCAAAUGUAUCAUCACAGUGCAUUUGCUGGUCAGUGCAGUGUGUUAGUUUGAGUUACUUAUUUUGGAAUGUGUUUACAUGAAUGGCUAUUUGAAGUGAGAGAAGUUAAUAUAUAUAUAUAUAUUUUUUUUUUCAUUUCUGUAUAUGUAAUUGUUUUGUUUCCUGAUGCCAAAGAUGUACUCUGCCUUUAAGUUAUAAGUGACGACAAAUACAAAAGGUUUCGUUAUGGUUCCUUGCUUGA